GUACUAUUUCAUCGCCAUUUGCAUCGGUUGAUCAAAUUUUGUUUCCAAACGAAGAAGAAGAUAUAACAGUUCUUGACAUAGCAGAGGAUCCAAGUACCUCUUUUCGUGUUAAAUUUGAGGACCAGGACUGGGACCAACAUUUAUCUCGUCUUAAACCUCUUGGUCUUAAUCUUUUGUUAAACACAAAUUGUGGUGUGUUACAAGGACGAAAACGCGCAGAACAACAUAGGAAAAAUUCUAGCUUUCACAUUCAAGCUAAGAUAAAACCUGCAAGACAAUCAUGUUUAUGCCGUCUUGGUAAAGAAAUUGGAUUUACCGAUGAUGCUCUACAAUCUUUUAUAAAAAGAAAAGAAAUAUUUGUAAAUGCGCCAUGUCAUCCGUCAUUAAAAGAUCGCAUAACAAAGGAUCAAUGGGAAGUUCCUAGCAUGAAUUCCUCGAUUUACGAAGAACUUAAUUCAGGAAGUUGCCAAUUACUGUCUGAUGGAAAUUUGGAGAUUAUACUUGAUAACUGUUCCGAUUAUUGGAAUGGUCAAGGACUGCAACCCAUGAGCGAAGUGAUUGAAAACAAGAUUUAUGAUUUUUAUCAAAAUGCUAUUAUUAAUGACAUGCAAUGUGUUGCAUAUGCAUAUCGUCCAAUAAAUGUUGUAAAUGGAAAUAAAAUCCCAUUUUUAAACUCGACUUCAUCUGAUUCAGGUGAUACUUAUAUUGUAUUGCCAAGUCCACAAGAGGCUGAACUUAUGUCUGAUUCCGAAGAUUCCGAAGAUCAGGAUCUCUCCUUGUCUCAAUUAGUUAGAUUACAUCGCCUGAAAAAUGGCUUAUUGGAAGCAAAUCUCCAUGAUUUUUCAUUUGACCAAGAGAACACAACUUCUCAGGAUGAAGAGUUGUUUUAUCAGGAUGUUAUUCAGGGACAGAUUUUCCUGGCAAUGGCAACACUUUGUCAUCAGCCUAAACCAGAUGUAUGCAAUUUCAUUGAAGAUCUUAGAUUAGCUGGUAUUCGAUUUGUUUAUUUCUCAUCUACUGCCGAAAGAGAAAGCAAAGCAUAUGCAGAAAGACUUGGCCUUGAGACAGAUUGGAAUACCUGUAUUUUACUUUCUUCACCCGGUGAUGAAAAUUCUUUUGGAGAUGGUUAUUUGGAAUCUCAUGACAUAAAAGCUCGUCUUCCACGUGGGAUAGUUAAUAUAAGGGAUCAUUUAAUGGAGACAGACGAUAUUCCGCUGCAAGUAUCCUUGUUUUCAGAAUGUACACCUGAAACAACGCAAGAAAUGAUUAAAAUAUUCCAAGAAUACGGAGAGGUUGUGUGUUGCGUUGGAAGUGCAUUGAACGCUUUUAAUACACAUAGCUUUGCUGUGGCAGAUGUAAGUGUUGCUAUUGAACCUAUGCACACACGUGCACAAACAAAGAAUGGGCUAUGUCACUUAGGUAAAGGGCGGUCUCCUAUGGCUCUUGGUGCGGC